UGGCAGCAGUUGGGAGGCGGAAGGAGACGCGGAAGGAGCCGGGCCCCGAACAUGGAGUCUGUGAUACUGAAGUUCAUCCUCGAAAACCAAGGAGCCGUCGACACCGAUUAUUUGACGUGUAACCUCGGCUCGGGAAACGUUAUUGAUGACGUCAUCCGCAACCGGGAGAAGUUUGCCCUGUGUGAGCCCUUCGGGCAGCCGAAGGUGGUGGCCCGGACCCGGCUGAAGCUGUGCCGGGUCCUCGAGUGCCCGGGCUCCUGUUUCAUGCUGCACCUGUGUAGACAGUUCCUCUUCACCGGAAACUGCCCGUUCAGCCAGAGGAGGGGCGGAUGCAAGCACUCCCACGAGCUGGGCUGCGGUAACAACGCGGCGCUGCUGAGCGCCCACGGGCUGGACAGUCUGAGCCGGACGGAGCUGCGAACGCUGCUGCUGCAGAGCGACAACUGGAACUGUCUGAUACCCGAAAUAUGUCACAAUUACAACAAUGGCGGCGGCGAGUUCGGCCAGUGUGGGGACGGCCACGACUGCAAGAGGCUGCAUGUGUGCGAGAGGUCCAUGAACCGGGACUGCAGCUGCCCCAAGGCCCAUGACUUUCACGCCCCGCAGCCGUACGCGUGCCUGCAGAGGAGAGGCGUGCCCGACGACCUCUUCCCCUCCCUGAGGUCUGUGUACGCCAACAGACUGGCCUUGAAGUACCACGACAGAAAGAGCUCCGGUGGCGCCGCCAACAACAACAACCCCCACGAUGCGAGCGGCGACGAUGGUCUGAACCCACGAGCAAGGCAGUGGGACAGAGGGAGAGGGAGAGGGGGCAACAGGGGUAACCGAGGUAACAGGGGGUAUGGAGGUAACAGAGGUAACCGGGGCAACGGAGGGAACAGAGGGAACCGGGGCAACGGAGGUAACCGGGGCAACGGAGGUAACAGAGGUAACCGGGGCAACGAUCCUGUGCAGCAUCGAACCUCUUCCCCCGACGACAUCGCCGUGGGCAUCGAUGAGUUGGACCUGUACACCGAAGACGGACUGAGCGACAGCCGCUGGUUCGACUCGUCCUUCAGUGACGACUUCGUCGACCUUCAACCGCUGCAGCGAACCGGCUCCACGGACGACAUCCCCGCUGCCGUCAGCGCCACUGCCUCCGCCACCGCCACCGCUCCCGCCACCGCCACCGCCACCACCACUGCCACCGCUCCCGUUCCCGCCACCGCUCCCGCUCCUGCUCCCGCCACCACCACCGCCUCCGCCACCGCUCCCGCUCCAGUUCCCACCACCGCCCCCGCUCCAGUUCCUGCCACCGCUCCCGCCACCGCCUCCGCCACCGCUCCCGCUCCAAUUCCCGCUCCCGCUCCCGUUCCCGUUCCCGCCACCGCCCCCGCUCCAGUUCCAGUUCCUGCCACCGCCCCCGCUCCCGUUCCCGCCACCGCCGCCGCAGCCGCCGCCGCCGGGCCGAGCACGCGGCCAGGGCGCGUCCGAGAUAAAACGGAGAUCUGCAUGUUCUUCAUCAAAGGACACUGCGUGCACGGCGAGCAAUGCUUCAAAGUCCACAACAAGAUGCCGUACAAGUGGGAGGUCAGGGAGGGCGACCGCUGGACCGACCUGCCGGACAACGAGGCGGUGGAGAAGCACUACUGUGACCCGACCAACGCAUACAGCCGCGGCUCGCCACCGGUGCAUUUUGACACGAUGACCCGCGGAUCGGACAAAGUGCGUCGACUCUCGACCGCAAACUCUCUGCUCGAGCCCGACUACAUCCACACCACCGAGUGGGUUUGGUACUGGGAGGACGAGUCUGGGAAGUGGAACUCUUACGCUUCAGCUGAGGCUGGACACAAAGCAGCCACCAUGGACAGCUCCACCAUGGAGCAGAGGUUCCUGAGCAACGACAGAGAUGUGGUGGAGUUCACCGCCGGGUCACAGUCCUACUCGCUCAGCUUCCCGGACAUGAUGCAAACGAACAAGCAGUACAGCACCAGGAGGCUGGUGAAGCGACGGCCUCAGUUCGUCUCCGCGGGCAAGGUCCUCACCAGGAGAGUGAGAAGGCCGCAGACCUUCAGCACCACACCCGACAGCUGGGACAGGACACAGAUUCCACUCACGGGAUACGCGCGAGUUCCCCUCCUGCGCUCCUCCGCUGAGUUCCAGGAUCUGGAGUCUCUGUUCGGCCGAACGCUGCGAGGCUUCGACAUCGUUCAGAUCGAGCGGGUUCAGAACAAAGCCCUCUGGGAGAUCUUCCAGUGGCAGAAGACUCAGAUGAAGAUGAACAACCGGGGACGCCCCGUGACGGAGAAGCAGCUCUUCCACGGCACCGACUCCAAACACGUCCAUGUCAUCUGCCUCAGCAACUUCGACUGGAGGCUGUGUGGCGUCAACGGGACGGUGUUCGGCCAAGGGAGCUACUUCGCCCGGGACGCCAAAUACUCCAACAGCUACACCGGGGACGCCGACCUCAAGUCCAUGUUCGUGUGCCGGGUUCUGGUGGGAAGCUACACCAAGGGCCACGCCGACUACCGCCGGCCCCCUGCCAGGAACGGCGGGGACGUGGACUUCUUCGACAGCUGCGUGGACGACAUCACCGACCCCUCCAUCUUCGUGGUGUUCGAAAAGCUCCAGAUCUACCCCGAGUACCUGCUGUGCUACCGGGCCGGCAUGAACGCGUACGGCUCCGCGCCCAGACCGCCGCCCCAACCCGCCCGCCCCGUGGCUCCGCCCACAACGCCCACGUACAGACCCGCCUAUUCCCAGCAGAGCUUUGCUCCACCGCCACCGCCACCGCCGGCUCCUCCGCCGACUCCUCCGCCAAAGAAGAAUGACUCGUGUGUCGUGUCUUAGGGCCUCCUUUUCCUUUUCCUUAUUUUACCUUAUGGAUCAGGAUCACUUCAAGGGGCGGGGCGGCGCCGGGCAGACGGGGCGGCGCCGGGCAGGCGGGGCGGGUAGUUUGGCGAUGGUAUCCAUUAAAGAGCCGGGAGGAGUUUCUAUAUACUUAUAUAUUUUAUCAUAAUUUGUUCGUUUAUCUUUAUUUUUUCAGUUUUUUCAAAUGGAAAAUGGUCCUGAGGUUCACAUGCUGUACUUUUUAAAAUCAAAAUGACUUUAAAAAUGUUUAAAUUGUAAGAUGUUUAUUUUACUCUAAAUAGGUAGGAAAUCACAAAAAAUCCAAAGUUUGAGGACUCUAUUUUCCUCGGUUCUCUUCCGGUAAUUCUUGCAGCCAGAGUUUCUGCUGCGCCGCUCCUCGGCCACUAGAGGGCGACGUCACGUCCGAGAAUGAGUCGUCACACUAAUUAAAGCUUCAUUUAAACAAGAUGUUGGAGUCUGUUGAAGUUAAAGCAUCUUUUAUCGUUGUGACUGAGUGUGAAUACAAAAUACAAAUAUCAGAAUUUUACAAAUUGUACUGUUGAAAACUGAGAAUGUGUUUUUUUUAAAUCAAUAAAUACAUUUAAUAAAAGCAGAAACUGCACACAGAA